CUCCCUCUCUCCUCCCUCUCUUUGCACACAUAUCCUCCCUCCACCACUUCUCGGCUGCAUACUUUCAUACACACAUACACACACAGACACACACACAGGCACACAGGCACACACACACGCACAACAUGCCCAAGGAACCCAAGGCCAAGGCUGCAAAGCCCCAAAAGAAGAUCCCUGCCCUUGAUAUGCCCAAGCGGCCCGGCACUUCCUGGAACAUGUUCUUCAGGGAGCACAUGGAGAGGGUUAAGGCUUCCGGAAAGCCCGUUGUUCCCACUGUUGAGGGUGUAGUUGCCGCGCAAAUGUGGAAGAACCUCAGCCCUGAGGAGAAGCAGGUCUACCAAGACAGAUACAAGACAAACUUUGAGGAAUUCAAGCAGCAAACUAAGGACCGUCUUCAGGAAAUGACCCCUGCAGAGUACAAGCAGGAGAACCAGCGCCGCCAGGCUUUGCGUGAUGCCGGCAAGAAGGGUCUGCCCGCGCUCAAGGACCCUAACGCUCCUAAGAGGCCCUUGUCCAACUUUUUCCUGUUUGCCAAGGAUCUCCGUGAGUCUGGCAAGUACUCUCAUUUGUCACUCAAGGAACAAUCCAGGGCCUUCGCCGAUGCCUGGUCCACCCUUCCCGAGGCUGAGAAGACCAAAUACACGGAAAAGAACAGGACUGCGAUGGAGGCCUACAAGAUUCAGAAGGCUACCUACGAUGCCCAGACUUGAACAAGCACAACAGCCGCAUCUUGCAAUUGCUCUCCUUUCUGCUCUGCCUACUGUCUUUAUCCAUUUAAUACUUUUCCUGCUUUGAUGCGUUUACGAAUAAAAGAGAACAAUCAUCU